UAGAGUAUUGUGGUACUGAUGUACAAGUACUGCGAGUACCUGUGAAGACAAAGUACACGUUUUUCCCCAGAUAAACUUUGUGGAUUUUUAAAAUGUUGAAGAUAAAAGGAACAUUGUCUUCUUCCCUGCUGCUUUUUAUCGUCCUUCUGGGGACCACCGUCUCAGGCCUCUAUCCCACAGCACAGAACGUCACCUGGAAAUCCACAAACUUUAAAAGCAUUCUGACCUGGCAGCCGUUCCCAAGCGAUUACUCCUACACCGUGGAGUUCUUCGUGCUUGGCGGGAACAAACAGAGGAACUCUAACUGCAUACGGACUUCAGCAACUACUUGUGACCUGACCAGCUCUCUGACUGACGUCAACACUUGCUAUGUGGCAGACAUCCUGUCUGAACCCCCACUGGGAGCGACCUCUGACCUCAUCGAGUUCCCCUACACAAGAUCGCCAAAAUUCUGCCCCUACAAGGACACGGAUAUCGGCAGACCCGAGUUCAAGCUGGAGGUGAGCGGCGACAAAAGGAAGACGACACUCUUCGUGACGGACCCUCUGACGGCCUUGUUCAAAGACGACCAGCAGAUGAACGUCAGGGACGUUUUCUCGGAGCAGCUCCAGUACAAAGUCACGUACCGCAGGAAUAAGAGCACCGGCAUGAAAGUCUACAUCUCCAAGACCAACGUGAUGGAAAUACCCAACCUGGACCGAGGGGAAAGUUACUGUUUUACGGUUCAAGCCUUCAUUCCCAGCCGAAGCAUCGAUAAACAGCUGGGAAAGCCGAGCCAUACCCAGUGUUCCAACGACGACAAAGAAAGCAUCUUUGAUGUGUAUUCAGUCGGUGUGAUAGCAGGCGCCGUCCUGCUUAUUUUGCUGCUCAUCAUCGCCAUCGUCGUGGUAACCAUCGUGUGCUACAGGCGCAGGAAGAAAAGUAAGGAAAGCGAGAAAGAAGGCGUUCCACUGCGCAGUGUGUAACGUUGACCAUGACUCAUAAGUCGCCUUUGGAAUAUGCGGUACAGCGAGAACAGAUUUAGUUUCCUGACACAGGAAACAAAAGUCCAGUUUCUGUGAAACUGUUUUGGUUAAUCGAUUUUACGCAGUGUAGAAAAUAAUUCUACACAACAUUCAUACUGCUCAAACACUCAAUGAGAACUUUUCUAUGUACACAAUAUUCAUGUUUCCUUUAAAGUUUGCAUCCACAAAUACUCCCAUUUACUGUACAUCACUCUGCACCGGCUUUAGGAGUUGUGGUCCCAGCUAGCGACCAAUACUACCGUAUUAUUGAUAUAUUAAUGAUAUAUUGAUAUAGCAGGUGACGACUGUAGUCGAUAUUGGACUCACGAGGACGAGCUGAGACGAGAUUUGAACAUUUGGAAAUGUUUUAUAAGUUUGAAAGUGUGAUAAUUAUGAUGUCCUUCACGUGUUAGAACGUCUUUCCUCCGUUCAAUAAUGCUCUUCAGUGGCACAAGGACACACAACACUGUAAUGUGUGCUCACACGACACUGUGGGACGCGUCUGCUUACACGACACUGUGGGACAUGUGUGCUCACACGACACUGUGGGACAUGUGUGCUCACACGACACUGUGGGACG